AUGGCCAUCACCAAAGCUUCUACCUGCUGCACCAAGGACGGUGCCGAGUGCAUCUGCGCGCAAAAAGCCACCUGCUCCUGCGGCAAGCAAUCCGCCCUCCAGUGCAACUGCGGCAAGGCAUCGUCAGAGAACACGGUGCAAGGACCUCGCUGCUCGUGCCGAGCCAGGCCCGCCGGCCAAUGCACGUGCGACCGCGCGUCCACCGAGAACGCGUCCGUCUGCGGCGCAACCUGCGCUUGCGGCUCAAGACCUGCUGAUGCGUGCACCUGUGAGAAGGCUGCCGAUGGCGGUUUCAACCCUGCUCUAGAGACCGACUUUACAACCCGAAAGUAA